AUGCUCCCCAUAGGUAAUUGCGCUAAUAACUUCAAUAUCAAAAGAUAACAAGUAUAAUAUUAUUUUAUUUGUAGAAAAUCAAAUUAUAAUCUAUUUAAGAAACAAAACAAUUAUUUAAAUCUGAUUUAAAUUAUUUGGGAUUUGUCAAAUCAUUUUAUUUUCAUAUUGAUCCUAGUGCAUUUAGUCCUUAUUAAAAGAAAAGAUGUAUGAUUUAAAUUUUAUAUUUCUUGAUGAAAUAGAAGAAAGUGAAGAAUAUUGAAUUUCAUUAUAUUGAUUGAUAUCAUGAAGUAACAUUAUAAUAUUUAGCUAAUUGUUUUUAAUUGAUUAAAGUAGAAUCAAUCAAUCUUUUAUAAUUUAAUGAUAAUAACUUAGCAUAAAUAAAUCGUAUUUUCCAGGGUAUAAACAAUUUGAAAAUUAAAAAAUAAACUCUUUCAAAUCUUAAUACUAAAUGGCAAGUUGACAUUAUUUAUUCGAAUGUAUCAGAUGAGAAAAUAAAUGAGAUCUAAUUUAUUGAAAAUCCUAAAAUAAAUACUGGAUGGUAAGCAGUACAACAGAAUUAAUAUAUAAAAGAUGAUUACAUUUAACUUUCUGCAGAAUAUUAAGCACUGAUUCCAAACGAUCUAAGAAGAUCAUUAAACCUCUAUAUAUCAAUUAGUGGUCUGAUUGUUAAUGAUAAAAAAACUUUUCUCUUUUUUUUAAGUGAUCUGAUUGUUAAUUAAUUAUAAAUAAUUGAUGAUAAUUAACAAAGUUUAUUAGUAUAAAUAGAAACACAUGAAUAAAUAAUUAUUGAUGCAAAAAAUUAAAUUGACAGUAUAACGAAAAGAGAUCUAUACACAUAAUCAGUUGGAAAUAUUUAAUUUUUGUUAAAAUUGUACGAUUAUUUUGAAGUUUGGAGCAAAUUGAAUUAAUAUUAAGCAACUAUUCAAACUUUUUGGUCGGUGCUGAAUGGGUCCUUAUAAAUUGUUUCUUUAAUUUAUUUGAAUAAUGAAUCUAAUAUGUUUAUAUCUGCAUUAAUAGCCUUAACUUCAAUCAAUCCAAUAUUAUAGAUGUUAUCAUUUGCAGUAUUUUAAUAGCGUGUUUUUAAAAAAUUUCACCUUUAAUAUAACUGUCUUAUAUUCUUUUAUUUGCAAUAUUUAACUUUUUAAAGAUUUGGGAUAUCGUUAUGAUUUGUUUAUUUUUAGCAGUAAAGAAAUUCUCUGAAGAUGUAAAUAAAACGUUUAGUGGUUAAGGAUACUUAAAGUUCAAGAGUUAUGCCUCAAAUUUUCAGGUUGUAUAGCUACUUCAGUAUUUAAGAAUGAAAAAGUUUAAACUUAUCCUAAUGAUAUUAAAUAAAUAAAAGAUUAGCCAUUUUAUGAGGCUGUAAUGUGGAGAACAAAUGUUGAAGAAGCUUUGAAUAAAAUUCCUUAAUUUUUUGUAUAUAUUUUAUCUUUAGCAUAUACCCAAUUUGAUGGUAUUUGGGUAUUUUCUUUUGGUCAACAAAUAAAAGAAGGUAUAUUUGCAGUAAAAGAUUUAUUAGAAGUUCUUAUUAAAGACUAUUUUAUUCCAGCUUUAAUUUUAAGUACAGUUUCAGUGGAUUGA